AUGCCUUUCAGGCAGAAGAGUGAGUUCUACAAGCUUGAGGAAGACGUUCAGGCCUCCAGAGAGGCCCAGGGCCCGGUACGUGUGCAGGCUGCCAUGGCUGAGGAGGAAGAAGCCGCUUCCACCUCUUCCUCUCUGUCUUCUUUGAUCCUGGGCACCCCAGAGGAGGCACCUGACACUGGAACACUGAGUCCUCUCCAGAGUCCUCAGAGAGCCUGCUCCUCCCCCCCUGCCAUCACAGCCAUUCCAUCGAGUUCAUCUGAUGACAGUUCCAGAAGCCAAGAAGAGGAAGGACCCAGCACCUCGCAGUCUCCAUCAGAUCCUGAGUCCCUGCUCAGUGAUGAGCUAAACAGGAAGGUGGCUGAAUUGCUGCAGUUCCUGAGUGUCAAGUAUCGCACAAAGGAGCCCAUCACAAAGGCAGAAAUGCUGAAGAGUAUCCUCAAAGAGUACCAGGACCACUUCCCUGUGAUCUUCAGGAAAGUCUGUGAGUGCAUGGAGGUUGUCUUUGGCAUCGAAGUGAAGGAAGUGGACCCCACCAGCCAGUCCUAUGUGCUCGUUAAAACACUAGACCUCACCUACGAUGGGAUGCUGAGUGAUGACCAGGGCAUGCCCAAGACCGGCCUCCUGAUACUUAUCCUGGGUGUGAUCGUUGUGAAGGGCAACUGUGCCCCUGAGGAGAAAAUCUGGGAGGUGCUGAAUAUGAUUGGGGUGUAUGCUGGGAGGAAGGAUUUCAUCUAUGGGGAGCCCAGGAAGCUCAUCACUGAAGAUUUAGUGCAGGAAAAGUACCUGGAGUACCGGCAGGUGCCCAACAGCGAUCCUCCACACUACGAGUUCCUGUGGGGUCCCAGGGCCCACGCUGAAACCAGCAAGAGGAAAGUCCUGGAGUUUUUUGUGAAGAUCAGUGGGGCUGACCCCACUUCCUUCCCAUCCUGGCAUAAGGAAGCUUUGCGAGAUGAGAAAGAGAGAGCCCAGGCCAGAAUUGCUGCCACAGAUGAUACUACUGCCAUAGUCAGUGAGAGUCCCAGUGUCACGUCCAGUGGCUUAUCCUACCCUGAGUGAAGUCUGCAGAAGAUUCUCCACUCUGUUUGAAGAGAGCAA